AUGGGUGUAUACGGUCGGGAUUUGGAGGUUUGGAGCAGCAAACUCCAGUUCAGCGUCCCGAACGAUGGCACCGCCUCUCAGUGGACUCCUACUCGUGUUUUCGUGGUGUUGAUGAUUGGGUCUCUCAGAAGCUGUAGGUCUUUACUCGGUGCUUCAAGGUUUAGGGUUGCCUUUCUCUCCGGGAGCUCGUGGCAACCAGAAGCUCAGUCCGCUCAUACAUCUCCUUUUGGCCAUCGACGCUACGCUACCUCUGUUCCAUCUCAAGACUUUUCUUCUUUGGUACUGGAAUCUUCAUUUUUUAGGUGCUCUGUUUAG